GGGAUCGCGCCGCGCGCUCCCGCGAAGCUCGUGUUGAGCCGAAGAGUCCAUGCAAAAGCAUCAAAACGCACCAGGACUAGGAGGAGAGCUUUCCGCUGAAGAAAAAGAAAAGAAAAGAAAAAAAACACAUAGCAUGGAAGAAAAGCAUUAACAUGAGAGCGGAGUGAGGAUGAUGAGAGACGGUACCGCUUCACAGGAAGGUCAUUCCCGAAAAACCUAAGCAGUGCGCACAAUAUACGGAUAUUUGGAGUAUACGCGACUGCAAGUGAAGACCCCGAAACAGUGAAACAUUGCCCCGGCUUUCUAUUUUCAGAAAACCAAGGCAUGGAGGGAUUUACGUCUCGACAAGGCAGUACGGGAUAGAAGAUCUGACGAGCGGAGAGAGGACGGUGAAUAAGGACCUCGCUGCGGAGAGGAGCUGCGCAACAGUGACUGUUUCUCCUCGUCUGUGUCGGGCUCCAGUAUCACAGCUGAUGACUGUCCCCCAGGUGGCUGGACUGCAGGGCUGAGUGGGAAGUUUUUUGCUGUGGGGGGUUCCCCGGCUUGUAUGUUGGUCACUUGCAGUUGCACUCGCUCACAGGGACCAUGUGGUUUUCUCCAAGGAGAAGUUGUCUCCCCUCGCAGAACUCGCACGGUGCCCACAGUUGCACUUUCAAUUUCAACGUGUCCUUGUGGGUGUUCAGUUUUUGUUGGUGCUUUGUGGCCGUGAGAGGUCAGAACUACCACCCCACUGUGAACACGCAGUAUGGGAAACUCCGAGGGGUGAGGGUGCCCCUGCCUAGUGAGAUCCUGGGGCCAGUGGACCAGUAUCUGGGGGUUCCGUAUGCCGCCUCCCCAGUUGGAGAAAAACGCUUCAUGCCCCCUGAGCCUCCUUCCUCCUGGUCAGGGAUCAAGAACGCCACUCACUUUGCUCCUGUCUGCCCCCAAAAUAUUCACAACGCUGUGCCAGAGAUCAUGAUGCCUAUAUGGUUCACCUUCAACCUGGAUAUAGUUACUACAUACAUACAGGAUCAACACGAGGAUUGUCUUUAUCUAAACAUCUAUGUUCCAACUGAGGAUGUCAAAAGAAUAUCCAAGGAAUGUGCCAGGAAACCCAACAAGAAAAUGUGUAGAAAAGGAGGGGCCCAUGCAAAAAAACAGGGCGAGGAUUUAGCGGAUAACGACGGUGAUGAAGAUGAAGACAUACGAGAUACUGGGGCCAAACCUGUGAUGGUCUACAUCCACGGAGGAUCCUACAUGGAGGGGACUGGCAACAUGAUCGAUGGGAGCGUCCUGGCCAGCUAUGGAAAUGUCAUCGUUAUCACUCUCAACUAUCGGGUCGGCGUCCUCGGCUUUCUAAGUACGGGGGACCAGGCUGCUAAAGGGAACUACGGGCUCCUGGACCAGAUCCAGGCUUUAAGGUGGAUCAGCGAGAACAUUGGCUUCUUCGGAGGAGACUCCAACCGCAUCACUGUGUUUGGUUCUGGGAUCGGAGCAUCCUGCGUCAGCCUGCUCACCCUCUCCCACCACUCUGAAGGUCUGUUCCACAGAGCCAUCAUUCAGAGUGGGUCAGCCCUCUCCAGCUGGGCAGUGAACUACCAGCCGGUCAAGUAUACGCGUCUUCUGGCGGAGAAGGUAGGCUGUAAUGUCCUGGAUACCUUAGACAUGGUGGACUGUCUGAGAAAAAAGAGCUCCAGGGAGCUGGUGGAGCAGGACAUACAACCAGCGAGGUACCAUGUGGCCUUUGGACCUGUAAUCGAUGGGGAUGUUAUCCCUGAUGACCCGGAGAUCCUGAUGGAGCAGGGCGAGUUCCUCAACUACGACAUCAUGCUGGGGGUCAACCAGGGUGAGGGGCUGCGCUUUGUGGAGAACGUGGUGGAUUCAGAGGAUGGCGUGUCUGGAAACGACUUUGACUUCUCCGUGUCAGACUUUGUGGACAGUCUGUAUGGGUACCCGGAAGGCAAGGACACGUUGAGGGAGACCAUUAAGUUCAUGUACACAGACUGGGCAGACAGAGACAAUCCCGAGACCAGGCGCAAGACACUGGUGGCUCUGUUCACCGACCACCAGUGGGUGGAGCCAUCGGUGGUAACGGCUGAUCUCCAUGCUCGCUACGGCUCACCCACCUACUUCUACGCUUUUUACCACCACUGCCAGAGCCUGAUGAAGCCAGCGUGGUCAGACGCCGCCCACGGGGACGAGGUGCCCUAUGUUUUUGGAAUUCCCAUGAUUGGUCCCACUGACCUUUUCCCCUGUAACUUCUCAAAGAACGAUGUCAUGCUCAGUGCUGUGGUCAUGACCUACUGGACCAACUUUGCCAAGACCGGGGAUCCAAACAAACCCGUUCCUCAAGACACCAAGUUCAUCCACACCAAGGCCAACCGCUUUGAAGAGGUGGCCUGGUCUAAGUACAACCCCCAGGACCAGCUCUACUUGCAUAUUGGCCUGAAGCCACGCGUGCGCGACCACUACCGCGCUACCAAAGUGGCCUUCUGGAAACACCUAGUGCCCCACUUGUACAACCUCCACGACAUGUUCCACUACACCUCCACCACCACCAAAGUGCCCCCACCAGAAACCACCCAGAACACCUUGUCCACCAAGAGGCCCAACGGGAAAACGUCCUGGCCGUUCAACACCAAGCGGCCUCCCAUGUCCCCGGCCUACAACAAUGAGGACAAAGACACUUGGAAUGACGACGAGGAGACCGGGCCUCUGGUGGUGGAGAACCCACGGGAUUACUCCACAGAGCUCAGCGUCACUAUUGCUGUGGGAGCUUCGCUGCUGUUCCUCAAUGUGCUGGCUUUCGCAGCCCUCUACUACCGCAAGGACAAGCGGCGGCAGGAUUCCGGCCAUGGGCAGCCCAGCCCGCAACGCCAGACCACCUCCAACGACAUUGGCCACCACGCGCCCGAGGAGGAGAUCAUGUCGCUGCAGAUGAACCAGACGCACCAUGAGUGCGAGGCGGGGAACAGCAAUGAGGGGGCACUACGCUUGGCUUCGCUGCCCGACUACACGCUCACUCUGCGGCGCUCUCCGGACGACAUUCCUCUAAUGACCCCCAACACCAUCACCAUGAUCCCCAAUUCCCUGGUGGGCAUGCCCAACCUGCACCCCUACAACACCUUCACAACCGGCUUCAACUCCACAGGCCUGCCGCACUCCCACUCAACCACCCGCGUAUAGCUUUAAGAAGGCCAGGGGCAGCCGGGCAGGCGGGGGAGGAGGCGGCGGUGGUGCUGGAAGAGGGGUAGGAGGAUGAACGACAGAGGAGAGGAUUGUGUUUUAUAAAUAUCACUGGGAGGGGGGGGGCUGCGAUGGGGAGGGGGAAGGGCAUGAGUCGGAUUAAAACGUGAAGAGAUUUAACUAGACUUUUACUACGAGGAGAGUUGCUGAGAGCUCUCUAUGGAUGUCAAGUUGUGCAGAGCUGCCAAAAUCAAACUGCUUCCCUUCUCCUGAUCCGGGGAGGGGUCUUUCUGCAGUGUUUUUUUUCUAAAAUAAUCAUUUUAAAAGCCUUUUUAAGCAGACUAAGGAGAUAUCAACACUUAUCUUGAAUUCAUAACAAAAACAAAGAGAAGUGCUUUUUAUUAUUUCCCAUCCCUUCCUCCUGCGGGAGACACAUUUCGAACAAUGGCCUCUACGUCAAUAUUCGCAAAAUGUUUUUAAUUGCUUCUUUGUUUUGUUUUACGUUUCAAUGCCUUACAAAGCUUGUUCUUUUUUGUCAUUAUUUCUAUUCCCUGAGACAAUUCCAAGUGGAGUGUGUUACAAGUCGAUGAGACUCAAAGAUGAGAGACUGAAUCCAGGAUGGGAACCUAGAGGAUAUGCAGAUGUAGAGAUUUAAACCCAUUUUGGGCAACUCUUUUUUUUUUUUUUCUGUUGCGUACCAACACAACAGCCACACAAAUGGUGUUAUCUUUUUUAUCUCGUAUAGAAAUUAUUUGUCUGGGAAAAGCUCCUGCCGGGAGAUGAGAAGGCGGAGAUGAAUACUAUGUUACUGUGAUUGUUUUGCUAAGAAAAAAAGUGCAUCUUUUACAGCCAAUUUAUCUGUUAAGCUAUCUGAUAUUAUCUCCACAAAGUGUGCACGUACACAUGCUGCUUAGAGCAUCUGUGUGUUUGUGUGCAUGUGAAAAUGAUUUCUUGUUCCUUGCGCGGAAGCGCGGUUAAGGGGAUGAGAUAAAGGAAGAGACACAUUGUCGGAACUUGCAAAAGCAAGAGUGGCGAGUGAGUGGGUCUGGAUGUGCGAGAGCGUUUCAGAGCGUGUGUGUGGGUGGGUGUGUGUGUGUGUCCGUGCACCUGUUUUUUGUUUGUAGGUUGUAUAAUGUGUUUUUUUCGGGGUGGGGGUGCUGGGGGGAGGGGGGCCGAGUACUUUCUCAUGUUGUUGAUUUUGGUUCACCGCCAGUAGUGUUUCUGCUGCGUCUCUGGGUGUCUGUCUUUGCGAAAUAGCACUUUUGUUAUUUUCAAAGUUAUAUAUGUCUAAUUUUGCUUAAAGAUUACAAAAUAAAUCUAUUAUUUUACGUGUAAGAGAAAAAAAUAGCUAAAAAUUCAACUGAACUAACUGACAUGAUUCCAUUGACUUUGUAAGAGUUCCUCUUAAAAAGCAGACAGUGGCCUGUUUGCACUGAAUAAACCUACAUCAGUGCACACUUGUAUUUCUUUGAAUAUAUAUAUAUAAAUAUGGGCAUACAUAUAUAUAUGUAUAGGGCUUCUAUGGAGAUACCACUUCCACUUACAAAACAAUUAAACACUGCAAUGCACCAACACAAAUAUUUUCGAUGUAUUGUUAACAUUUCAAACAUCCUAAGCCAAGACUUCUCUAGGUGUCUUUGUAAGAGCUCUAUAUGUAUAUUUAUGUAUAAAAUAUUUAAUAUUUAUUUAUGUAUACCAGAUGCAUACAUGCUGAUUGUGCCAUGUGCCAAAUUAAAAUUGUAAAAAAUGAAGAAUAUAAAGUUUGACAAAACUUUUUUUCUCUCUUGAUCAAAGUUCUUUACCCCCCUUUUAUGACUUUAUUAUUUCCCUUUUGAAUGAGUUAAAAAAGAAACAUUCUUGCAGCAAGUGCAAGUCUACCCCCCAGGACUUCCUCUCUACCUCCCUCUUCCUUUCUCCCCUCCUCCCUCUCUCCUUUUCUCUCGCUGAAACCUUUGAGAAAAACAGGCUAACUGCUUGGGGCCUAUCUGCGUGCAUAACUCCACAUUUUACUGUAAUUCAUGCAAAGUAGUGCUUCAGCAAUGGGAGAUUGUGAAGAGAUUGCCUUGAUGUACUCGCAUUGCAUCUUAUUAUAUGUUAUUCUCGGGGAGAAAACUGGAGUUAUUGAUUCUGCGAGUAAAACUGACAAUUUUCAAUAAGUAUCUCGGCAUAGUACAGAUUGUCUCCAGCGCUACAGCAAAGUGCAGGAAUGUGACCUGACCAGUGAUCCUAGAUCAGUGUUGCAAUUCCUAAAUACUUUAUGCACAUAAACCUCAACAUGUUUAUGAAGUAUUCCAUAAUAACUUCCUCUGGUAUUGUAUGAUUGGAGAUGCAGCAGAGCGAGAAGCCUGGUCUGGUCAGCUCAUCACCGAUCCUGCCAGUAGCAGAAAGAGAGAAAGAGUUGUUUGAGGGAAAUUGCUUUGAGACUGAUCUAUAUGAGUCAUCUUGUUUUUGCUCAUCUUGCUUUAUAUGGGGUUCACAACCUAAUCAGCCACCGUCUUCAACUGAGCUGCCGCCACUAAGAAAGAAACAGGACGUUGGUUUUCACCUGGAGCUGUCUCACACAUAUAGAAACAUUCAAUAAUGGCUCUGUGCUUGUGCUUUUGUAAGGAGUAGGUUGUGCAAAUAGCCUAACUUGUUUCUGUAGCAAUAAUAUCAACGAUACCUUGUUUUCUGGAAUGAAAUUAGCAAACAUUAUGGCGAUGAUGGCAUAUUGGUGAACGAAAAUAUUUCUAAAUAUUCCUCACUGCCAAAUGGAUGUGAACCAUUCAUAUUGGAAUAUGAGAUUUGAUUCUCCUAUAUUACUUUGCAAAACUUUUUCUUUUCUUUUUUUUACUCCGCUAACCAUGCAGAAAGUUUUGGGUGUACUUGUCAAGGUUUUGAGAAAUUGAGUUAUUUUUUGGCAGCCAUACCAAUACAAUGAAAGCUGAUGGAAUUUCAUUUCUGGUGCAUACAGCUUUGAAAUAUGACAUUUAAACGAAAAAAAAAAAAUGUGACCUCUAUUUUCAGAAAAAAACUGUCCUUUCUUGAAGACAUUCUUCUAAAAGUUGGAACUAUUUCUUGGUAGGAAGUAGUUUUAAUAAAAACUGUUAAGUGUUGGUUAACUGUUGACUGACUGUUGACAGUGAGCCUGUGUAUCAUUCAGAGUAAUAAAGACAAGUUGCAGUUGAAUUCUUAAACGCUACUACAAUCAAUUUUUUUUUUACUAACAUUAGUUAAAAUGACUUGUUUUUAAAGGGAAAACCCACAGAUAGUUAUUGCUGACUCUGCAGUUCCCCUUGGUUCUACAGAGAAUUUCAGCAUUUGAUUUUAUUAGCACAUUGUUUUGGUUAAUGGCUCGCAACUUUGCAUCUACCUUUUGGUUCUUUUCACUGCUCUCAUAGUGUCAUUUGCUUACACAACCAGGGGCGUAGCACAAAAUUCUGGACCCUGUAGAAAGGCAUUUUCUAUGGGCCCCUCCCCACAUCCACAGCUAUUCAUUCUAGCAUCUUUUUGGGCCCUCCUCACACGAGGGCCCUGGGUACUCAGUCCCCUUUCUUUCCCCAGUCCAAUGGCCCUGUACGCAACCGUCGUACGCUACCUGCCCAACAUCAAACAGCGGGCAGAUAAAAUUAGCAGCCAGGGGGUUAUUGCACAAAAGCAGAAUUUAUAAAUCCAGGAUAACUGAUAAAACGAGGCUUGACAAAGUCUAAUCUGUGCAUCCUGGCUUGGUGUGUUUCACGAAGGCCAAGCCAGGCUGAGGAGGAGCGACUAGGUCAAACCAGGCUGAAGUAAUUCGGAUUGAUGCGCGUUCACGGCUUUGCUCAAAUGUCCACCAGGUUGAUAACAGAUUUACUGAUGCUAAAAUAAUAAAUAAUAUAAUGCAGUGUGCAUACUUUAUACAGAAUGAGCAGCAGCAGCUUCUUAUGGAAGUAUGAUAACUUAAAACACAUUAUUUGUAAAAAAAAAAAAGAAACACGGCCGCUGUAAUGAAACAGUGAGAGAAAGCGUGGCAGAUGAUCACAGACUGCCUGAAUGCGUAAGUAGCCUAAAAAUAUACUUUAACUGAUCACUGUUCUGAAUUAAAACCGGAGUUAGGCUAUUUGCACAAACGAACAGUUGUACUCUUUACCCUUAAAAGUGAGCAGAAGACUAAUGUUACGCAGGAAAUUUACCAUGAAGAUCAAUUACAUAAGCCUAUGAUGCGUAAAUAUUUCUCUCCCUCACUCUCUCUCCUUCUCUCUCAUAUGGGCUAAAAUAUACUGUAAAUUACCUAAGUAACAAUAACUCGCUUUGCAGGCAAAGUGUACAACAGUUCCUUUGUGGAAAUAAUUAGCUUCACUUCUUAAAUUGUUUCAUUUAAAAUCAGUAGUUCAUAAAUGUAUAUUUUUAGAAAUCAUUUAGUUGGUGCGCUAUUAUCUGCCAUGCUUUUUGUCACUGUUUUUCUUUUACAGAGGCAGAGUUUCCUUCUUUACAUAUUAGUAUAAUGCUUUGCUUCCUCGUAUGCCUACAUAUGGACAUAUAAAAGACACUGAAGAAAUUAGACUCUGAAAUAUAGAAACUAUAAAGAUAAUUAAGAGAUAAAUAGCCCCGUAAACAAUGACUGUAACACAGUGUCUUCAUCAGUUAUUUCCCUCCAGAAAAAUAUAAGUUCCAACUUUACCUACUUUAAUUAAGGAGGAUUGUACAAUUAGGAUAUAAGUGGUUAUAAUUAUGCAAUCCUCCCAAACUUCAGUUCCCUGGAGAGAACACGCAUUGUGUGCUAAGAAAGCCAAAUUACGUAGAUGUACAUGGAAGAGGAACAUAGAUGAUCCUUUGUUAAAGAAUACAAAAAGAAUCAAACUAAAAUGAUUAAAGGUGUAUUGUCUCUGACCAGUCUGCCAUUGUUAGAUCCACUAACACAUGAAUAGGAUAUAUUAUUCUUCAUUGCUGACUUCAUUUAAAAUACAUUUGUAACUGUAUCAGCCUUUUCUAAUUAUCCCAACAACUGUCAUAAUACAUUCACCAAACUUGUAACAAUAUGAACAGCAGUUUUCAUACAGUAAUAUAACAGUAACAAUGACUGUCACAUGAACAAUUAUAAAAAUGUUGGUGAACUUUAAAUAAUAACAGUGCUUAACUGAAAAGCAAUAUGUACCUGUUUUUUAAUGCAGGCCAAUAAUAAUAGGGUCAAAACCACUGCUGAGUUAACAGAAAAGGCCCCAGGAUUAAUAAAGCCUUAGGUGCCUCUGCUUUUUUCAAGUCAAGGCGAAAUUCCUCCUGGAUAACUGAAAUAUCCAGGCUUAGUCCUUUAUCCUGGUUUACUGCAAUACCCCUCUGGUGGUGAACACAACAUUUAGCAGCUACCUUAAGAAAGAAGACGUAUACUUCCCUCAGGAGUAGAUGGAGAGCAUAAUAUAGCUAAAAUGAGAGUGAAAUUGACUUACAUGCAUCAGGUAAAAAAGAUGCAUCUAAAUAAAUGUUGCUCCUGAAUGUGUAAAUAAGCAACUGUUGCUAACAAGUUCACCGUAUCAACUAAGUGUUAUGUGGCCAAAAAUAAGAUUAAAUUAAAUUAAAGAUUUUAUGUUGUUAGCACCAAAAACAACAUUUCAACCACCAUUCCCUUUAUUAUUGAUGCAAUAUUUAUCAUAAGCAAAGUCCAUUUGCUGAUGAAGGCCAUGAGAUGCGGCAUCAAUCUGCUGAGUGUUAGUUUUUAAAAUAUGUUUUGUCUGUUGUUUUUUUGUUUGUUUGUUCUUGCUGUUUAGUUGACCUGGACCUUUUAAGGCAAAAUAUGUUUCAAAGUAGUCCUCUCGUCUGAUCUGCCAUCAGUGGUGGGAGGUCAGUUCCCAUUGGCUCCAACAUAGACACAUACAGUGGCACAGGGCUAAAAUUGAGUUGAGAGUGAAGUAUCAAAGGGAAGAAAUGUCAUGGGAGGGCAAGUUGUUUUUUUGCCAUGUAAUUUUCCCAUAUGCUGUUAAAGCAGAGCAGAUGUCACUGUGUAUUGGCAGGGGAAGACCUGGUGGCCUCGGGGACACAGUUUGGGGUACAUGGCUCUGUGAAGAGCCACAUUUUUAAGUGUCGGACCAAACGGGAAGACCACUGAAAGUGCAGUGUGAGAAAAUGAGGUCAAACUCCUUCAGCAAUCAGACACCUGAAGGCUGAAUGGAAUUAGCCCAAGCUUCCUGUGACAAGAAUCACUGCAAGUAGAAAAAUGGGACAGUUAUGAGCGAGACACUUUUUCACAGUCGAGAAUUGUUUGCAGUUCAGUGAGUGUGUUUUGAAAGUGACAACAUUCUAGGGUUGGCUGGAAUACCCCGAUGGGGUUUGUGACUGCCUCGACAGCAGGGAAGACAAACCCAGCCUCGGAAAUGGAUGUGCCAAAUUACACAGUGCCACCCGCUGGGAGAGAGCGGCAGGUGGUGUGUGUGUGUGUGUGUGUGUGUGUGUGUGUGUGUGUGUGGUGUGUGUGUGGGUGCAGAAAUUGAGAAUUUUAUUUCUACCACAAUGAACGCGUUGUUACUUAUAUUUCCUCUCACCCUCUCCCUCACCUCUCUCUUCCUGUGUCUCGUUUGUCUUUGCUCUCGCCUUCUCUUCUCUUUUAUGCAGUUUUUUUCAUCCUCCCUCACACAAAAUGCAAUCUGAGCAGCUCUACCACUGUCUCACACCGACACAACUUGCCCAUUUUCUCUUUCUUCUGCUUUGUAAAGUACCAUAAUCUAGACUGCUCGCUCGUUUCCAAUCAUUUAGGGUCUAAUUUUGUUGAGUUACUAUGUUUCUCUGCUGACUAAGCCGCUAAUUAACAUUACUUAUUGGAACACAGAGGAGAAUCAGUCACUCAACCAAAACUCUUUUAGUUUAAAUUUAAAUAGCCUGUUUUUCUCCAAAGGGAAAUCAUUCUGCUUUCUGUCAAAACAUCAAAAAUCUAUUAUUUCCACGUG